UCUUUUCCAAAUUCAUUUCAAAUUCCCGCAAAACCAAAAUUUCCUUACAUAAUCAAAACAAAAUCCAUAUUAACCCCACCAGCCUUCAUUCUCAAUCCUACAAUCCUCUAAACAACCCCAACAUGGAUUUCACAUCAAACCUCACUGAUCUUCCUCCAAACAAGAGACACAGAUUCAUUCAACAACAACAACAACAACAACAACCUAGUCCAUGUUCACCUCUACCCACCAAAAAACGCAAAGAAUCUCGAAAUUCAUCACUUUUUCACACCCCACCAUCAACACCUUCACCCUCUAUAUAUUCUCUACCCACCAAAAAACGAGUCUCCGCCCUUCAACCCCACUUUUACCACCACAACACCACCGCAAAUGACGCCGUUAUCCACCCACUCAUAGAUCUCAAUGUCGAAUACAAUCCUGAUCUCCACUCACCCAUCCUAGCCGACAAAAAACCUCAACAACAACAAAAACAAGACACUGACAACAACAACAACGACAAUGAUGACAACAACACUGACAAAGAAGUUGUCGCUGAAGAAGAUGGGAUUUUAUGCUGCGUGUGUCAAAGCACCGACGCUAACUCCGAAGACCCAAUUGUUUUCUGCGACGGUUGUAACCUAAUGGUCCACGCUUCCUGCUACGGAAACCCUCUAGCAAAACAAAUCCCAGAGGGUGAUUGGUUCUGUGAACAGUGUCGUAUUACGGAUACGAAUACAGAUCCAAUACGCUGCUGUCUCUGUCCGACUAAAGAAGGUGCCAUGAAACAAACGAUAGACGGAAAAUGGGCUCACGUGGUGUGUGCUCUACUCGUUCCCGAAGUGUAUUUUGUUGAUCCAGAAGGGAGAGAAAAGAUCGAUUGUUCCAAGGUUCCGAAAAAGAGAUGGUUGGAGAAAUGCUAUGUUUGUGGGUGCUGUGAUGGGUGUGCUUUGGUUUGUUCUGAACCGAAGUGUGGUUUGGGGUUUCAUAUUACUUGCGGGAUUAAAGAGGAUGUUUGUAUUGAGUAUAAGGAAGGGAAGAAAGGGGCUACUGUCGUUGCUGGGUUUUGCAAAACCCAUUCUCAAAUCUGGGAAAAGAACAAGGGAUCUGGGAAAUACAAGAUUGUUGCAGCUGAAGAUAAGUAGUAUCAAGAUUGUUAGUAUUUGAGAUUUCAAUUUCAAUUUCAAUUCUGUUAAUCCCUUUUAGGGAAUUUUACUGUUGGUUACUAUAGGAGUUCAUUUGAGUUUGUUUUAGAUUUUGCUUUUUUAGUGUUAAGUCUUGUUUGCCGACAUUAUUGUGUUACUGGAACUGGAAUGGAACAGUGCCAAUUGAACUGUGAUCAGCUAUUUUGUAUCUGGACUGGGAUGGAACAGUAACAAUUGAACUGUGAUAAACUAUUGUGUUACAGGAACUGUAAUGGAAAAGGAACAAUUGAAUUGAGAUCAACUUGAAUUUCUAGAUCAACAAAAAAUAAUUGAGAUCAACAAAAUUGC